UCUGUCCCUAAACUGCGGAAACAGGCUUAAUUUGCUCCAAAAAGCUGGCAGCAGCAGCGGACACACGGGACCAGCACAGACUACAUACAGACCAGUACUUACAAGACACCCUGUCCACACAGCACUGAGGAGAUGGGGGACAAAGCAGGGACUAGAGUGUUUAAGAAGUCGAGCCCCAACUGCAAGAUCACAGUUUAUCUGGGGAAGCGAGACUUUGUAGAUCACCUCGACCGCGUAGAUCCAGUUGAUGGAGUGCUCCUUGUAGACCAAGAGUAUCUGAAAGAUCGAAAAGUGUUUGUGACUCUGACCUGUGCGUUCCGUUACGGCCGGGAGGACCUGGACGUCCUGGGCCUUUCCUUCCGGAAGGAUCUGCACGUCAGCACUGUCCAGGCCUUCCCUCCUCUGCAGGAGACGAAGACGCCCCCGAGCUGCCUGCAGGAGCGGCUGCUGAAGAAGCUGGGUCAGCAUGCCUACCCCUUCCACUUCACCGUCCCCCAGAACCUGCCUUGCUCAGUAACCCUCCAGCCGGGCUCUGAGGACACGGGGAAGGCGUGCGGUGUGGACUAUGAGCUCCGAGCCUUCUGUGCUAAGACUGUGGAGGAGAAGAUCCACCAGAGGAACUCUGUGCAACUGCUGAUCCGGAAGGUCCAGUACGCUCCGGAGAAGCCGGGUCCACAGCCGACAGCGGAGGUCAGUCGCAGCUUCCUUCUGUCUGAUAGAGCUCUGCACCUAGAGGCCUCGCUGGAUAAGGAGCUGUACUACCACGGUGAGCCCAUCAGUGUCAAUGUCCACGUCACCAACAACUCCACCAAGAGUGUGAAGAGGGUGAAGAUAUCCGUUCGUCAGUACGCCGACAUCUGUCUGUUCUCUACGGCCCAGUAUAAGUGUGCAGUCGCCCAGGUGGAAGCAGAGUGAGUUCUUCUUCUGUAAUGUUGUCCUCUUGUUUAUUUCAUUGGAACUACGUAUUCCAGGGUUGGGAACAAUGAAGAUAUACUGUAUAUAAUAAUGUUUUCGAUGAUCCACAAGAAUAAAGGUGUUUUUAAGGGAUUUUUAGUGCAGCAUGAUUACAUUCAAAGUCAACGCAAAGACGCAAAUAGAUGCAAAUUUGAGUAACGUUUUCAGCGUAUUGGGAACUUCCACUACAGGUGCAAGACAGCAAUAGUGGUUAUUUCAGUCUUGGUAGAUGUUUAGUGUCUCUUUGUAGUCCUUACACAUCUCUCUGUAGUUUUGUGUCUCCUUGUGGUUGUUUUAUUUCAUGGUGAUUGUAAGUCUCUAUGGGUCUCUUUGAAGCUUCUUUGGUCUCUUUGUAGUCUUUUUGUGUCUCUUUGCAGCUGUCUCUUUGUAGUUGUCUCUUUGUAGUUGUCUUAUGUUAAUGGUGGUAUCUUUGAGUCGAUUCCUGGAUGGUCCGAGUCUGUUUGAGUGACAUUUUGUAGGUGAAGGCCAGGGGCCCUGGCAGUUUUGGCCCCUGGGUCUUUGUCCAGUAGACCCAUUUAGGAUUCCAACCAUGCCAUCUAACCCUUACAAGUAUGUUGGCCCUGCUCAACAUAUACAAAGGGGUUCCACAGGAAUCACUUUUAGGUAUUGUUCAGUGUGGCUUUGUAGCACAAAGGCAGUAAAACUGCCUGUGCCAAAGCACACUGACUGUAAUCCUG